AUGCACAAUAAUAAGUAUAACACCGAUGUGACGAUAAAUAAGUCGAGCGCGUCCCAAGAUAUAUAUGCGUUUCAAAAAGAAGUCGCGCUCCAGAGACUAUCGACGUUAGCUCUUCAGCAAGCUCGUAAAAAUGUGAUCUUUGCCGAUGAUGCGUUGGCGGGCGAGAAUGCUAUCGAAGAAACAAGGAAGCAGUCCACCAAUACAUUUUUACAAAACUUGGAUAAAAUCUCCAAGAUGGAAAUUAUGAAUGAAACGGUUGAUGCCGAGUCUAAAAACACGGUAGAAGCAGAUUCCAGGUUCGAUUCUCUUUUAGAAAGAUCGAGAGGCGAGGGAUUUAUAAAAACGAACCCGCAUAGGAAUACAGUCACCGGUCGUAAAUCCAUUAUAUUUAUGCCGCCGGGCGUUCCAGCUGCGUUGAACGCAGCUACGCAAGACGCACAGCAUAAGUCCGUUAUUGUGAUAAUCCUCGCUUCGCCGAGAACGGUCCUUCCCUUAACUCUACAUUUACAUACAUACACAGGAUAUCUAUCUAUCGAUGAUUAUUUAUUAUACAAUGUAACAAGUGACAUACGAUUGAUUAUUAUACAGUCGUCACACACAGACGAAGCUAGGAACUCUGGAACGCCUGUGGAACCCCUGUCGAUCGGGAGCGCACAUUCGAGAAUGAAAGCCUCUGUGAAUAUCGGGGUGAAAAGUAUGCAGAUGGAUAUGCCGCCGACCACUUCUCUCACGCCGCUGGAAGCGGUCGCUAUUUCGUGCACGCUCGAGGAAUACCUGGAGAAACUCGCUACCUUCGGUUACGUAAUACAAGCCGACGUCGAUCCGCGUUGGGACGACGCGUUUAAGACGAUCGACGAGACGUACGGGGUGCCCGAUGAGCCUAGGAUAAUCUUUCGAGAAGACAUGGGCCUCCUACCGCUGGUACCCAACGCGAGUGAGAAGAUGCAGAGGGACAGGUGUGCGAGGCAUUUGCGAUCUUCCAGUUCCCAGACGGCACGCGAUAUUUAUGAAAUGUUGGAAAAAAAAAACAUAGAUAUUAGAUAUUCAGCAAAUAUCCACGGAUCUGUUAUUUAUGAAAGAAUAAUCUGACAUUGAUUAGUAUUAAAUAAUUAUCUCUUACGACCCAGAAAAAUGUGGUUCUCACAACGAGAAAUUCCGUUCCCUUCGACCAAAGUGCGUCUGGCUGUUUCCCUUUCUGAUUAAUGCAACCAGACUUUUCUGAUCCGUGAUGAUUUCACUUAAGCGAAAUCACGUGGAUCGUGUUUUUAUUAUUUACGACAAACAUUCUUCAUAUAUAUCUUUCCAUAUUUAUCACAAUCUCUCUCAUGCCCGACUUUCCCGGAGCAUUGGAAUAUUUACGAAAUAUUUCAUAUUUAUACUCAAAAAGCACUUUAUAAAUAUCGCGCGCUGUCUGGGAUAUUCUCCGAGUUACGUUCCGCGUGAAGAUUUCACGCAGCCUCUCGUGGGCGAGAGAACAUCUUCGCGAAUAUCCGCUCAGGAACUACGUGCAGAAGGUCCUCGAAAAAGUUUUUCACGACGUGAGGGACAACCGAAGAUUCGACAGUCUGCAGAAAGAAAUUCAUGAAAUUGCGAAGAAGCAAGAGAGCGAGCAUAAUCUCUCGGUGGACGCGGAGAUAUGGCAGGACCAAGCGGAGCAACUUCGGGAGCUGCUGGAGAUUGAUCGAAAGGCGAACGAGGAGAAUAGGAAGAAGACGAUUAGUCUCGAUCAGAAAAGCGACGCGCAGGUCGACCACGCGAUAUUCUCGAACAGCGCGAAACUAAGUAAUCCAUGGGCGCGCAGAAGCUUGCGGCAACAUUGCCGCAACAUAAUGCUCAAUAUUGCUGCAAUGUUGCAACAAUGUUAACGUUAGCUUUUGUGCGAGAAGUUACACGGACCAUUUCGAUGCCGCACUCUCGAUAUCCUAAAUCCCGUCGUUGCGGUGUUGC